AUGGGAUUGAACCUGGAUCGCGUGGGUGCAUCCCGCUACCUUAUUUCCAUCCAGCGCGACGAGGACAUCGUGAACUGGGUGAAGGAAAACGACGUUGAAGGCUACGGCAUCAGCCGGGACCCCACCGUCCGCGACCGGCUGGCUGAUAUGUGGAUCGAAGGACAGGUGUGCCGGUUGAUGACGCUGCGCAGCAUGUCCAUCGUUGAGUCGGAGGGGAAUUUCACCUACGAAGGUUCCGCAGAAAAGGUAUUUGCACCUGAGCAUGGCGUGCGCACCACGGAAACCAUCGCCCAGAUAUUGGGCCCCUACGGACAGUUGCUCAACGGUUCCGACGACGCCAUCGAGGAUGGGAUUUUUGCCCACAACCUGAUGGGCGCAUUCCAGAGCGGCAUCAACCACGGCAGUGUCCAGGUCAUGCGCGACCAGGUGGCCCGCCGGGGACUUGGGAUGCCUCGGGUUUAG